AUUCGGCAAUUGCACUAAAGUCAGUUUUUGUUUCAUAAGGAUUAAGAAAGUUGUUGUGUGCUCACUUGAUUUAUUACCAUACUUCUCAUUAUGGUUAUAUGUGAGAUUGGCUUUCUGGAAUUCCCACUUAUCCUCUUUCAAUUUUUUGUCUUUGAUAUCCUUGAAUUCCUAUGAUAUAGAUUGCAUUUUUAAUAACAAUUUCAUGGUUAGAAACAUGGUUUUGAAACCUGGUAUAGCAUUUGCACAAUAUUUGUAAUAUAAACAGGACUUUUUAAAAAUAUAAACAUUAUUUUUAAAAAGGUUUCGUAAUGCAUGUGUAUGACUCAAAAUGCUUUUCCUGUAGAAACCCCUCUCUUGAAAUCCUAUAAAUUCAAUGUAUCCGAAGCCGGGGUGAAAUGAUGUCAUGGUAAAAAAUGAAAGCGUUUUUUGAAAGGAAAGUUGCAUAUAAAAUGUACAUGUAGUACAUUUAAGACACAUGGUAAGGAGAACUCUCUAAAGAAAUGCUGCUCUUUUAAAGUUCUCUUUCAAAAUAUUUACUGGUAUUCAAGACCCUGUUCCUCAGAACUAUAUUGCUAUACAGGUGAAGUAUAUGAUAAAUUGAUGAUUGAUGAUGAUGAUGAUGAUGAUCAGUGUUAUAACUACUGUACAGUUGACGGAAGUGGUCGGGCACAACCGGCACAGAAGAUUUCUGGCCGCCUCUCAUCAUGAAAAAACACUGCUUCUGUCCACCAGUAAUUUCAAAUGAAAAGUGUUUCAAAACCAACUCCUUACAAGGAGAAUUGCUCUUGCAUUCAUUUCCAUCUUAGUUUAAUCUUGUUUUAUUUACAUAAUGUACGUUAAAUAUUCUUACAUUUGAUAUAUAUUUGUUUAUCUUCAAAGAUUUGCUUUAUACAUGUACAGUAUGUCAGAUUUUUAUUACAUUGAUUUACCUUUACUUUUGGCUUUAAGACCGCUAACUCAGCCUGAAAAAUCGUGGUAAUGCUGUGAAAUAGCGACCACUACUACAAUGGGUCUAGCUAGAACAUGUGAUGAUAAUGAUGAUACUACAUGUACAUACAUUCUAAAUACUUUACAAAUAAAUUAUUACCCCAGUCGUUGGAUUCUGAGUUGCCCACUCACACAGCUGUAUGGAUGUUCUUCACUCUCUGGGGGAGAAUUUCAACAAAGGCUUCCAAGCACAAAUGCUAAACAGGGUGCAUCAAUUGGCUAUGAAUAUGCUCUGCGAAUGCAACAGUAUGUACACAUGAGAAUUUCAUUUUGCGAUAUUCUCUCACAACUCUUUGAUAUCUGUAUUCAUCCUAGUUCUGUAAUUAUGUGUCUUUUCAGCUUCAAGGAAUGACCACCAAGGCAAGUACUGAGAAGAGAAAAAUGGAAGAUAGACAUUCACUGGUCCAAGAAAUGGAUACCUUGUGGAACAUGACCUUUGACCAGAGCAAGACACCUAUUAUGGAAGGUUACCUGUACAAACGGGCAACGAAUGCAUUCAAAACAUGGCACAGACGAUGGUUUACGAUAAAGGACAACCAACUGAUAUAUCAGAAAAGAUCUAAGGGUCAAGUGAGCAUAGCUUCCGAUGAUCUUAGACUGUGCAAUGUAAAACCAUUAGAUGAGAUAGAUAGACGAUUCUGCUUUGAAGUGGUUUCACCUGGCAAAACCAUAGUGCUUCAAGCCGAUAAUGACAACAUCCGUCACGCCUGGAUUCAGGCAUUACAAGCCGGUAUUAACUCGGCUUUCAACAGUCCUAUCGCUAAGACUCCACCUGCUGCCUUGGAGAGAGAGGUCAGUGCAUUUGAUAAUGCUUCACCUUCUCCCGUCAGUACCCAACUCUCCAAUGAGUCUAAGAAAGAAGGGAUUCGAGCUGAGAUCAUGGCUAUGCCAGGAAAUGACAAAUGCUGCGACUGUAAAGCUGACAAUCCUAAAUGGGCAAGCAUCAAUCUUGGUAUCACUCUGUGUAUAGAGUGUUCUGGUGUCCACAGAAGUCUAGGUGUCCACAUAUCAAAGGUCAGGUCAUUGCUACUUGACCAAUGGGAACCGGAAACAUAUCAGGUCAUGUUGAAGCUUGGUAACACGAUAAUAAACAGGAUUUAUGAAGCUGAUUUGAGUGAUCUAUCUUUGGUCCACCCUUCACCGGGAUGUAACAGCAAUGUUCGUGAGAGCUGGAUCAAAGCAAAGUAUGUCCAGCACCAGUUUCUUGCCAAGAGGUUAACGAAGCCCAUCGUGAAGAGGAGAAGAAAAAGAAGAGGAAAGAGACAAAGUCAGAGUCAUCUGGCAUCAGCAGAUAAGAUGUCACUUGGAAGUAGGAGCAGUGAUGGUGCGACGGGGGAUGAUGAAGAGAGUGGUGAUGUUAGGAAUGGAAUCGGAAAAGCAGGUGUGUCAAAUGACAGUGGUCUUGGAGGAAGCAUAGACAAGAUACCACCAGAUUUAAACCAUGAUGAAGGACUUGUAACAAGUGACAGCUCAGAGGGAGAAUUAGAGGUACCUACUUCACCCUUAGAAGGGGAUCCUAUCACCGCACAAGAACUGCUCUAUCUGGGAGCCUGUAAUAACAGCGAACAGGUGAUGAUGAGUGCAAUGGCACACUCGGCAGAUAUUAACAAGCCUGAUCCUAAUGAUGAUAUGAGAACGGCAUUACAUAAAGCUGUAUCAUUGGGAACUUUAACCUCAGUGGAAUCCCUUCUACUGAACGGUGCAAAAGUGAACAUACCUGAUGCAAAUGGAAGGACAAUACUCCACUUAGCUACCUUGCUGGGAAAUACAGGGCUGGUAUGUUUGUGUUUAAAGAGAGGUGCAAAUCAGAAUGCAAAAGACAGUGAUGGACAGAACCCUCUUCAGAUUGCCAUCACAACAACCAAUGCAGAUAUUGUCACAUUGCUCCGUUUAUCUAAACUGAAUGAGGAGAUGAAGGACGCUGAGCUCGGAAAUCCCAACGAUGAAACGUUCCAAGAUGUCUUCCAAGAUUUCACAAACCUUGCCCAAUACGACCCUCAGAAACUCAAUCGGAACAGAUCAAGUGAUGAUAUGGUACAGUGACAACCUAAGAUCAAAGACUGAAUUCUUGAGAAGCGAAGUGUUCAAUAUUUUCUUUGAAGUGGAUCUUCAUGCCUUCCAUAUUAUUUGAUUAUCUGGAGGCAGAGUAGCUCAAUAAUGAGUCGAGAAUUUUUUUUUUUCCGAAUCGGGGAAAUUCACCCGUUUUGUAACUUUUGUGCUUCGCAGUACAAGCUUCAGCGGACCACCAUCGUAGCUAGCUUGCAAUCAAAGAUUGCUUUGUGAUUCUGCUGAAAUUCAUCAUGCCAAUAAGAUUACACUUUUAAAUACAUCUUGGAACUCAUCCUGCCUUGACGAGGAUUUGAACCCAGGUACCUCUCUUGCAUGACCGCUGCUCUACCAACAGAAGCUACCUGUGCUAUUGUCAAGACAAUUUAGCAUUCUCACAUUAGCCGGUCUCUUGUUAUGCCAUGAAAAGUUCAGCCAUUGUUGCAUCAUUCAAAAGUUAAAAGUAGUUUAAAUGCAAAUGUUCAUGUAAAACCCAAAUUAAUCAAUUUACUAGUGGGUCAUUUCGUUUAUAUCAAAUAAAUCGUUUGAUGUAAUCAAAUUAUUCAGACAGGUAGAAUUUCACUUCAUCACCUUAAUACAAAUCAUUUACAGAAAAUAUUUAUUUUUAAAAAAUAAGCAUACUUUUUUUUUUUUUCGUAAUGUAUUCUUUAAAGUAAUGCACUCAUUCUUUGAAUGAAAUGAGCAAUAAAAUGUAGAGAAAUGUAGUUGUAAAUAAAUUGAAUCCAAUAAAUGAAUUUGUACAUGCAGGUAUAGAAUUACUUAGUACCGGUAAUUGUCAACAUGGUAAAUAAUUAGCCACCAUGUAUACUGAUGAAGGUGAUUAGACAUCUUAAGCAAUCUAGGUGUAGCUUUCUUUUUUAAUAUGAAACCAAGAAGAGAUAUAUGUUUAUAUAAACCUUCUGCAUAUGACAUCAUAAUCUCAUAGCGCCCUCCCUCAGAGGAUAUAGGAAUGUGUAUAAACGAAGUUGUCAGAAUGCACCAGCUGCAGAUCACCAACACAUGCAAGGCAAUGGAUUCAGCCUCUUAAGAUAGCGGUACGAUGAUGUCAAUGCAUAUAGGUCUAUUUAGUGCCAUGGAAGUGUUGGUACAUCCUAUCGCUUGAAAGCUAAAGGUGUUUUUAUAUUGCCUGAUAUUGCACCAUUAAAUUUGGUUUAGUGUGUGUGGGGACGAAUGUAAUCACUGAAUAUAAAGAAAAUCAAUUUUUGUUAAAUUAUCAUCUCUACAAAGUAUGGUAUAUGGUUAUGAAAAAAGAGAGUAAGAGAGAGAGAGAGAAUGGGUGUGUGAGAGAGACUGUUUAAUUUCUGUCCAAAAUAAUGAUAAUAUAUUCUAUGCGCUUUGGUCCUGUUUCAUUAAGACUUCUUACAGCAACAAAUUUACCAUCAGCCAAUCAGAUUGAAGAAUUUUAGUAGCUUUUAACUGUUAUUGUAAAUUUAUUGUAGCAAGUUUCAUGAAACGGGUCCCUGAAAUGACAAGGUGCACAAAUUAUGCAUGGACCACCCUGUACAAGUUCAUCAAGCAGCUUUUCUUGGGUGAUUUAUGAGCAAAUUGUGUUUUGAGCCACAAUUACAUGAAGUGUUGACCAAUUGUGGAGCAGCAAGGUUUAUGAUAUGUAAAAUAUUACUAUUUAAAGCAUGGACUUGCAUUUUGAUACUCAAGAAGUUUUAUUAUAAUUUGUCAUUUCUUCGUGAUGAAAAGUACUAUGAUUAAUGUAUGUCAUACGCACUCACACUCAGUGACUAAUGUGUGCAUUAUGUAAAUAUAUAUAUCCUAUCAUAUAUUAUUACAUGUAUACAAAUAUCUUGCCUUGAUUCUUUUUUCAUUGUAAGUUAAAUGAAAAUUAUGCUUUAAUUUUGCUUUUUCAUAUCCUUCUUUGAAAAUCAUAUUUAAGUGAAAUAUAUUUUGAGAUCUUUUUGAUAUUUGCUAUAAGGUGAUCAGUAAUUUAGAUUUGAUUUAGUAUUGCAAGAUGCAUCAUAACAAAAUGACUUGGAAAAUGUUGCUUGCAUCUUUAUUUGAAUGUGACAAUAAUGUGCUGUAUUGUAUUUAAAGUGGAAUAUACAUGUAUGCUUUGUGUUCUUCUAUCAGUAGAGAUGUAUGUUUUGUAAAUGUGUGAUUAUUUUUAAAUACUAGAGAUGAAAUUGUGCAGUAAAUUAUAAAUGAAACCUCAAAUAUUUAUGCCAAGAGAUGUACCAAUAGAACAUACUGUAUAUUCAGUGAAUUGGCUUGAUCAACUCAAAGGGGCAGGGCCAGGAUUUUUUUUUUUUUGGGGGGGGGGUGUUCAUGAUAUUUGAUUUCUCAGGUUGCAAUAUCAUAAGGGGGAGAAGAAUGUAGAAAAAGAAGAAGAAAAUUAAAGAAAGUAUCAAAAUUAGAGUUCUUUGCCAUGUUGCAUUAUAGUUAUUUGAUUGGAAAAAAAAACAGAACUAACAUCAUUUUUAGGUGUAAUCUUGCACCCCCCCCCCCUUUACCCAAUCAAAAUGUCCUGCAACUCAUGUGUACUAAUAUGUGUUCUCUCCAUCAUUUCUUCAAUCUUGUGUUAUUCAUACAAACUGUAGAGGGUGACAGGUGCUCUUACAUUGCCUUCUAAUUUAAAGGAUGGCGGGGGGGGGGUCAUCGCAUCGAGUUGGUUUUAAUAAAAUAAGUAAAAUGAAACAACAAAAUGAUGACGGUUUAUGAAAAUUCACCAAAGAAUUAAAGCAUCGUGAAUCUUUUAUAGCUUGAUUUUGUGAGCUUACUCACCUGCUAGCAGUUAUCCUAUUUGUUAUCUUAUAAUUUCCAUUUCUUAUAGGAAUAUAAGUUCAUGAUGUUGAUAACGGGAAAUAUUUUUUUUCUUAGAAUUAUUGCAGAAAAUUGCAUUUGACAGAAUUUUUAUCGUAGAGCAAUGGUGGACCUGGUUUAAAAAAAUUGACUGAAUGGAAAUUAAAAAAUGAAUUUAAAAAAUCACAGUUUGGGGUUUUUAGUACUCUAUUGUCAUUUAUAAUAUCAAUCUCUCUUCAACCAUAUGAUACCCCAAUACAAAUGUCUGUCUUGCACUUUCAAAUAAUAUAUAUAUUUGCUGUUUGAAUUAAGAGAAUAAUUAUAUUUAUGCGAUAAAUAUAGUGGUGUGAGGUUUUAAUUGCAUCUUUCAGUUACUUUUGAAAUGACAAUGUGAUGUGACAAUGCAUUAGUAACAAUUCUGAUUCUAAUCUGAGUAAUUGAAUUCAAAGAACAUGUAUUUAAAUUGAAUGUUAUGAGCCUCAUUUGCAGAGCCAUGCAGAAUUUGUAUUGUUUUUUCCCUUAUUCAUUAACCAAAUUGAAUGUUGGCCCAUGGCUGUUGAUAUUUUUGAACUCCAACAAGGAUAACUCACCCCCUCCCUUCAGAACAAGUCUUUCCAUGGACUUUUCAGUUGUUGUUAAUUGUCUGGAGAUCAAUCAGAUGAUAUGUAUAUUUUUUACAGAUAAUUGUGAGUUUUUCAAUGUCAUAAUAUGUGUGUCACAGUCCAAAUACUCAAUGUUAAACAGUGUACAUUACUAUUUUACUAUUCAUUGUCGAAUUUUGAUCAUGACACUUGCCAAAUAAAAACACUUUGUAAGGUUGUUUUCAAAAUAUAAAUCAUGAAAGUUGAACCAAGAUAUAUCAGUUCCAGCUCACCUUUGGCAUAGCACCCCCCCCCCCCUUUUACUUGAAAUUUUACUUUGUGUUUGAAUGAAGGAACAUAUAGGCCUACUAUUUGUUUACUUUGUACCAUGAAACUGAUUUAAAUGUUAUACAAGAAUGCUAGUAAAAAUAUUCAUGACUAGUUACUUAGGGCAAUAUAAAGAUGUAAAUAUUUGUUACAAUUUGACUUUUUGAAAACAGCCCUUUAAAAGCAGCUUUGUAACUUUGCUGGUUGGGUGCCAAUUGAAAUAAUAUGGCAAUAAAAAACAUGACAGUAUAA